AGUGUUUUUGUCGGAGCAGGCGCUGUAGCGCCGUGUUGGCUGCGCGCGGGAGUUACGGAGAAGAGGCGGCGAGUGCAGGGGCUAGAGAGUUCCGGGAAGGGAAGUGUGGGGUUGUCAUUGUCGUCCGGGACGAAGGGUAGCAGCGGAUGAACACGCGCGCCUGCCGGUGUGAGGGAAGGCUCCGGUGGGGAGGGGGGCGCUUCCUGCGUUUUUAAGUUGCGUGGACGCUUUAAGGGAGAAGUGUGAACAAUGGAUGAAGAUUUCAGUGUUCCCUCCGCACCUUCAUCACUCACUGAAAGCUUAGAGAUGGCUAUGGAAGUGGAGAGGCAGUGCCCCAGACUCCUCAGUUUCUCCUGUGCAUCAGACAUCAGGAAUGGAGGGAAAAGCUUUUCUGCUGAUUCUUAUUUAGCAAGUGGGUCUCUUAAGAGGAUUUUGCUGGGGCUGGAUCCCUUUCCAACUGACUAUGAAGAAGACAUCAUAGAGUUGUUUGGUUUUCAGUGGGUUACUGAAACUUCUUUGGUUGAGUCUUGUACACUUCUCUUUGGAUUAAUUAGGCAACAAAUACACAAAUUGGAAAACCUCAUUCAGUCAAGUUCAUCUGACUUUGGUCAGGCUGCAAAUCUUCACUGGGAAGCCCAUCAUGUCAGACAACAGUGUAUUCAGUUCCUGCAGUAUGUGAACAUUUUCAUCUUCAGGUAUCUGGAACCACAUGAAACAGAAGAUGAGUUGUUCCACCCAUAUGAAAAACAGGAAGCAGAAUUCCCUUCCUUGCUUGUUGAGGAACUCCAUUCUUUGACAUUGCACGUUGGACAUCUGUAUGAACUCCCUAGUUGUGUUCUAGGAGGAUUUACCAUUCUGCCUCAAGCAAAGUUACUUCCUCCAUCAUGGCAUUUAAUGCAUCUUCAUCUAGACAUCCACUGGUCAGUGUUGGAAAUUCUUCAUCUUCUUGGUGAAAAGAUGCCACGGCAAACAGUGUAUGCUCACAAGUUCUCAAAUUUAACAGGUGAAAAUUUAACGAAUAUCAGUUUGUUUGAAGAACAUUGUGGAAACCUCUUACAUGAUCUGCUAUGUUUGUCAGCUGACAAGUAUACAAAGGUAAGACCCUCUGAAGCUCUAACUAGUCACCACUACCCUUGUGUCUGUGUAAAAGAAUUGUGGAUUCUGCUUAUUCAUCUACUUGACCACAGAAGUAAAGGAUCCCUAACAGAGUCUUUUUGGAGUUGGUUGAAUAAAAUUCUGAAGAAUGCAUUUGAAAAAAGGAGUGGCACUGAAGCAAUAUCUGAUUUUAAUUCAAUUCCAUGCAAGGAUCUGCUGGGCUUCAGUUGGUGGAUUAUAACUCACAUGGCAUCACUGUACCACGUUGACCGUAAUGGAAAUGUAGAUGAAAAGAAGUCAAUAGAAUCGAACUGGCCUUAUGUGGAAGACCUGUUGAAGCAAUCAGUCAAUAGGCAAACAGGAAUAUUAGAAGAACAGUUACGAAUGCAUCUUCAGUGCUGUUUGAUGUUAAGCCGUAUCUGGGAUGUGAACCUCUCUACCAUCACCGUACUCUGGGAACAUUAUAGCAAGAAUCUGAACAGUCCCUUUACUAUUCCUUGGUUUGGUCUCAAAGGUCUUGCAAAUAUUAGUAAAACAGCUUUGUCUAUCUAUGACUCGGUAAAGAGCUGUUGUGGUGACAUAUAUACUCCUGAUAUGUAUACCUCCAGCAAUAGUUAUCAAAUUUUUCUCCACAUUUUGGCACAAAUAAUGAAGAAAGCAGCGAGGACCAAUGGUGUUCAUCCCUGGAAACAGAUCAAAGGAAGAAUUUAUUCCAAAUUUCACCAGAAAAGAAUGCAAGAACUGACAGAGGUGGGCCUGCAAAAUUUUUUAUAUCUUUUCCUCGUGCUGGCAGCUAUAGCAGAGACGAAAGAUGUUGCCAGCCGCAUGAUGGAACUUUUGCGUUUCCUUAGUCCAAUUUCCAUAAGCAUUUCUCAGAGAGCUCUGAUUUGGAAGGGCUACUUUGCCUUCAUAUUAACAUAUGUUGAGAAGAACAUGGACAUCAGCGUGCUAGCUGAGCAAGUCUCAAAUGCCUUCCGUGAAAAGGCAAAGGUGUUCUUAGUAACAAAAAAUGAUCCCUCGCAGAAACAAAACCUAUGGAUGCUGCUCUCCACUUACGUUGAUGGGGUCCAAGAAGUUUUUGAGACCAGCUGCUACUUGCACCUUUCAGAAGAAAAGCUGCUGAAUGAUGGCUUUAGUAUGCUGUUGCCAGGUUGCCGAGGAGCAGAGCUUUCAAGAGUGUUGAGCUUCUUGCAAGAUGUUCUGUUCAGGCUGAGGAUUGUGCACAAACACUUAAACCAGGGACUGGCUUCAGGGAAUACAGGCCCAAAUGCACAGUCAUCAUCAGUGGCGAAAGAGCACCACCUUGCUGUUGCCAGAGCUCUCUGGAGAAAUUUCUUUCCCUACUUGAAGAGCCAGAGAAUGCUGCAGACUCCGUUUCCUCAGCUUGCAGAUGCUGCUGCAGGUUUUACUUUACUGGCUUUGGAUUUGCCCAGCACAUGUACAUCAGAUCUUCAACCUCAGCCAGUUUUAGUAAUGAUGCAGCUGUUUGGAUGGGAUGAUAUGGUUUGUCCCCGGCUGGUUUCAAGGUAUCUAAGUCACCUAAUACAAAACAGUGAGCUAUCUGAAGCUCUGAGUGAAAUGGGUCAUAUGUCCUACCAAGCUUUGUUGGUGCAGUCUUGGCUUCGAUGCAUUUUGCAAAUGUUUAUUGAUCAGCCUCCUGAUACUUUGGUCAGGACAGAUGCUGAGCGAACAGCUGGUAAGGCUCAUAUGGAGCAACUGACUGAACUCACAAGACUGAUAUUAAAACUACCAGAAGUAGGAGCUAUCUUCGCAAAGGCUCAUGUUGAUGAGUCAUUAUACAAACAAGACCCCAAGGAUGCUGUUUUUCAGUUCAUUAAGGCUGUUGGUAAAAACUACAGUGGACUUCAGACACUAGCUGAAAAGUCAGCCAUGGUGGCAAAGGCACUAGAAUACCUUGGUGAUGUAUUAAAAUAUGUAAAACCUUAUUUGACAAAGAAAGAACCUGCAGAGGGACUGUAUCUCACCUACAGGAUUAUAGGAUGCCUUGUGAAGUCCUGGGCACCCAUACUGGCUACUUCCAAAGCACAACAGCUCUUGUUCCGCAUAAUAGAUUGCUUGCUUUUGCCACACGCUGUGCUCCAGCAAGACAAAGGGCUGCCUGCAGCGAUGUUGUCUGCCAUUCGGGAGAAUCUUCCUCUCUUUCUUCAGGGCUUGUCCUUUAUAUGCUGCCACUCUCAGACUCAAGGUGCCUAUCUGAACCAGUUGCUAGGAAAUGUAAUUCAGCAGUAUUUUGGACGCUUUCUUUCUUCCUCACCUUCUCGAGCUGGACAGCACCCUAUUUUGCUGGCCAUAUGUAGUCCCCCCGCCAUCCCAAGAGCUUUACAUCUUCGUAAGACCACUAUGCAAGUCAUCAGGGAAAAUUACCUGUCAUUCAUAGCUCAUGCCCCUCCUCCUCGCCUGGCAUCAAUUCUUGCUUUCUUUGUUGAAGUAUUUCAAAGGAUCAAGAGCACUGAAAUGUGUGACAUUGAGCUGCUGCUCCCUUCUGUGUUGAAAUGCCUUGUGUUGGUUAAUGAACCACAAGUUAAAAAACUGUCUACAGAGAUUCUGCAGUAUAUUGUAAAGGGCUGCCAAGUGGGGUCAGGAGGAGAGCUUGCCUCCCAGUUGACUUCUGUGUUUAGGCAGUUUAUCCAGGAUUACACUACUGUUUAUGAUAAUCAAGUUUACAGCAUCUUGGAAGCAGUGGCAGUCUUGGACCAGUCUCUAGUUAUCAGCCUGAUUCCUGCUACGACAGGGGCCCUGAGGAAUUCAGAGUGCAAACAAGGUUUUGGCAGAAACGCUAUGCAAAGAGAAGCCUAUAAAAGACUCUUAUCUCAGCUCGCAGAGGCUGGACAAACGGAGAUACUGAAACUGGAAAAUGAGACACAUUAGUAGAACAUGGAUUGCUAUUUUCUACGCGGUCAUUGCAUGGAAUGCCAGUUCUUUAUGCAGACUGCAGAUUCCCUGUCUCCUGGUGGACAUCAUUUCUGUUUAGCUUGAAAAUGCAUAAGUUGUCCUUCCACAGCCUUUUUGCUGUAACAUACUGCAUGCAACAUGGAAAAAGUAGCACAGAUAUUUUCUCCUUCAAAUGACUGAAAACCCUUUGAAUCCUAGCAGUAGAGACUAUCAGAAGAAAAUGCCAACAAGUAAAGGAAAGUUGAUGACUUUAUUGUUGAAGAUUUUAAAAAAAUAGUCGAAGGGUAAAGGUAAUAGUAAAGGUAAUCUGUAACAGUGAAGUUUUUUUUCUGCUGUAAUGAAUCAGUACACUCUGACUGUCAGGCUUUUUAUUCUGACACCUUGAGUGAUGUUUUGCACACAAAUGCUUUAUAUGAGCUUGGUGACUGCAAUGGGGUUCAUUCUGAGCAAGACCAGGGUUAGGUCAGGAUGCUUCAGCCGCCUUAUGUUAACAGAAGAGCUUGUGUAUGCGUUGCAUGGAAUGGUGACAGCUGUCCUAGCGUUGUCCCUGUAAUAAAAAUGUGUAGCUGUGUACUGUGGAA